AUGGCUCGUUUGGGACAGUACAAUGUGUUGCGCACUUUGGGCGAGGGAUCCUUCGGCAAGGUCAAGCUGGCGGUUCACUCGGUGAGCAAUCAGCAGGUGGCUCUCAAGAUAAUCUCCCGCCGCAAACUCAUUACCAGAGAUAUGGCUGGUCGCAUUGAGCGUGAGAUUCAGUACUUGCAAUUGCUUCGACACCCGCACAUCAUCAAGCUCUACACGGUCAUUACGACUCCGAAUGAUAUCAUCAUGGUGUUGGAAUACGCUGGCGGAGAGCUGUUCGACUACAUCGUGCAGAACGGAAAGAUGCAGGAGAACAAGGCGAGGAAAUUCUUUCAACAGAUUGUGUGCGCGGUGGAAUACUGUCAUCGUCACAAGAUUGUGCAUCGCGAUCUCAAGCCGGAGAAUCUCCUCUUGGACGAGAACCUCAACGUCAAGAUCGCCGACUUUGGUCUCAGCAACAUCAUGACGGACGGCAACUUUCUCAAAACUAGCUGUGGAAGUCCCAACUAUGCCGCUCCAGAGGUCAUCAGCGGCAAGCUUUAUGCUGGUCCAGAAGUCGAUGUAUGGAGUUGUGGUGUCAUCCUCUACGUCCUACUGGUCGGCCGUCUUCCAUUCGACGACGAAUACAUUCCCGCUCUGUUCAAGAAAAUCGCCCAAGGCGCAUACAAUGUACCGAGCUACCUCAGUCCCGGCGCCGUGCAUCUGGUCAAGCGCAUGCUUCAAAUCAAUCCUGUCAACCGCAUCACGAUCCAGGAGAUACGCAUGGAUCCAUGGUUCAAGGAGGAUCUGGCCGAGUAUCUGCAGCCUGCAGUUGAGGACUUCCUAGACACUGGUGUCGACCCGACUAAGGCUAUUGACCCAGCCGAGCUAGCAAAGGGCAAGCCCGUGGCAGUCCAGGAGCAGAUUCACGAAAGUGUUGUCGGAAAGCUCGGCAAGACUAUGGGAUAUGCUCCGGGCGAUGUCCAAGAAGCGCUUUCAAAGGACGAGCCAAGCGCCAUCAAGGAUGCGUACCUGAUUGUGCGGGAGAAUCACCUGAUGAAGACGAACCCGUCUGAAUCCGCAAAACCAAACGAACAAGCGCCUCCUCGUCACACUUCGUUCUCGGCGGAGACUCGCUCGCCUGCUACGACGGUCGCCAUCCUACCCUCGUCCCUUCCAGGUUAUCACGCUGCCUUCAUGAAAGGUCACAUUGACAGAUCAUACUCGGAAGCGACAGUCGAAGAUGACCCACAGCGUCCACGGACCAAGGAAGAGCAGGAUGCGACAGCUCGUCGCCUCAAGCCUCACAGCAAGAGCUCCGCCAAUCUCAGUCGUUCAGCCACCGACAAGCCCGAACCAAUGACCAACAUAGCGGAUGGUCACGGUGGUAAGCCUGCGAAGAAAGUUCGCCCUACCAAAUGGCAAUUUGGUAUUCGCAGCCGUAACUCACCUGCCGAGGCGAUGCUUGCGAUUUACCGCGCACUGGUCAAAAUGGGUGCUCAAUGGGAGGUGUCAAAGCCAAAGGAGAUGGACAAUCCAGAGAGUGCUCCCAGUACCCGCAGCAACAGUCCCGAAUACAGCGACUCUGACCCGGGCUCUGGCACUGAUCCAGAGUACGCCACCCACGAAGAACAAGAACGCCGCCGCGCCAGCCGCCGCAACGGCAGCCACGACUCCGGCGAAGCCCGUGGCCGCAAGCGUCCUGGCAAGUGGAACGGCUGGGGCUACAACAUCCCCGACGAUCCGUGGGUCAUUCACGCGCGCUUCAAGAAGGAUGGCAUGUUCGCACCCGGCGUCCCUCACCCUGCCUCCGCGCACGGCUCAAUGGUCAGCCUCCACGACCGCCGCGCCAGCGUUGCUACCAUGACUAUGGCCAAUAACGGCGGUUCCGCCUACUACAGUCAGGUCAAUAGUGCGCAUACAAGUACCGAGAACGUCGCGCAUACUGGUCCUGGCUCGAUCAAUUCCCGUGUCAACUCCAUGAACAGCACCACUCCAAAACCGCAAGAGUCCGUCUGGGUGUACGUCACCAUUCAGCUCUAUGCCAUCGAAGCCGACUUCUUCCUUGUCGACUUCAAGUGCGCCGGGUACGAACGCCUCGUGCGCCGGUUUGCGCGGGAAGUCACCGGAUCGAACGAGAGCGACAUCAUCACGAGAGAUCUGGCGGAGGGAGAGGACUAUGGGGAGGGUGACAUGGAGGAGGACGAAGAGGGUCAUGCGCUGAUUGGCGCCGGCAGGCCGCAGGACGACAAGGAGAUUACUAGUCCCUUCCCCUUUCUGGACGUUGCCAGUCGGUUGAUUAUCCAGUUGGCGGAGGCGAAUGACUGAGAGGAGCAUGAAGUUUGAGCAUGAUCCGGGAUUCUGGGAGUUCUGGGAAUUCUGAGGUGUUGGUGGAGUUUUCAGGCGUUUUUGGCAAGGCGGAAAAGUGGGAUUGUGCAUUUGGAUCGGAGCCUUUUUUGGGUGGAACAUAUGAUGAUCUCGGCCUUAUGAGCCGAUGCCCAAGUGGUCACCAGAUGACAAGAUACGACAGGAAGAGCGUGAAGCCCUGG